CGAUCGCAUCCGCUCUGGAUCGGAAGUGUGUCUCCUGAUCGCCAGACUCCCGACAGCGGCAGAGAAAAAUGAGCAGCCCAGAAGCGUCCCUCGAGCCGGCCCAGUCCAGCGACAAGAAGAAGGUGUCAAGUCUCAGCAGCUUUGGAACUCGACAGCUGCAGAACGAAGCCGAUGUGUUCAGCCAUAAUGCAUGGGACAACUUCCAAUGGGGAGACGAGCAGGAGAAAGAUGCACUCGAGAUCAUCCAGAAGCAGCAAGAAAAGCCCGUCUCUGACGAGGACAAAGACAUAUAUCACCGAGAUCCCGAUCGAUUCUGGAGCUUGUUUUACAGCAAGAAUCAGAACAAAUUCUUCAAGGAUCGUCAUUGGCUGAGGAUCGAGUUUCCAGAGCUCUUUGCCAAGCUCCCCAAGGACAAUCUCAUGCCAUUCAGAGUAUUCGAAAUCGGAUGUGGAGCUGGCAACACCGUUUUCCCGCUCUUGAACGAGGCUCGUGAUGCCAACGUAUUUGUGUACGCAGGCGAUUUUGCCUGGACGGCGAUUGAUGUCGUCAAGAGUAACCCAGAGUAUAACGAGGACAAGUGCAAGGCUUUUGUAUAUGAUAUUACAGCGCCGGAUAUUCCGGAAUACAUCGAACCCGAAUCGCUCGAUGUUUGCAUUUGCAUCUUCGUGCUGUCUGCUGUGCACCCAGACACAUGGGCCCGUGCCGUUGACAACAUUUACAAGAUGCUCAAGCCCGGCGGCCUUGUUCUGCUGAGAGAUUAUGCACGCUACGACCUUGCCCAGCUGCGGUUCAAAGGCGGCCGCUUCCUGGACGAGAACUUUUAUGUCCGUGGAGACGGUACUCGAGUGUAUUUUUUCACUCAAGAUGAAAUCGCGAAUAUGUUUUCCAAGUUCCACAUCGACCAGAAUGCACUUGAUCGACGACUGAUCGUCAACCGACACAAGAAGCUCAAAAUGUACCGUAUCUGGAUCCAGGGCAAGUUCCGCAAGCCUCUGCCAGGAGAAGCCCCCAGGGUUUCGGCAGAGGCGUCCAUUCCGACAGCGCGGCCUGAGGGCGCCGAAGCCGAUGAGAUGGAGUGAACGGCUGCUGGACGCUUCCUGCCGUGAAGGGGGAGAUACUGGUCCUCUACCCGCCGUCCUCGCCGUCCCUGCCGUCCCAAGCAUCCCAAGGAUGGCAGCCACCCAGAAUACAGUUCUUGGUGUAUCGCU